CUGACUACAGCUUUCUUACGGAACUGAAGCUCCUGCUAUUAAUUUGCAUGGAUUUUCUGGGGUGAGAAAAAGCAAGAAAGGGAAAAGAAAUUAGUUAAACAGCAGCUGCGCGAUAUUUUAAGCCACAUUUGUAAGUUUUGAUAUAUUUUUUUUUAUUUCAGAGGCGGAGAGAAGGGGGGGAUAAAACUUUCUUGCUGAACUUUUUUUUUUUUUUUUUAAACCACAUCUGUCAUCAUCUUCCUGUAACCAAAUCCACAUGACGCGCACUGAGGGGAAGGUUGGCACACUUUUACGCGCUGUAUCCGCUGCAUCGUGUGCGCUUUACUAAGCCGAGCGCAAGGGUUUGUUCAGACUCCACUAAAAGAAAAACCCCACAUAAGCAAAGGAUUUGAUCACUUUAUCUUUGCACUUUAUCUAUCUUUGCGAGCCAAGCGGUAGUUUAACGGUAGCAGGAAAACCACGUCAUUGUGUCAAACAACUCCCACUUUUUUCCUUCUCGUUGGACCAUCAUUCCCGCAGUUUAGGGAAAAACUGAAUAAAGACUUUGGAUCUGAAGCCCACAAUCAUGAUGACCGGAUUUCGGCUUAACUUGUCCCCCCUGAAGGAGCCUCUGGGCUUCGUUAAACUGGUGGAGUGGCUCACAGCCAUAUUUGCUUUUGGAAGCUGUGGGGGCUACGUAGGGAGGAACAUCAUAUCUAUUUUCUGUGGCGAUGGCAGAAAUGAAACACUCAACGCCAAUUUUCACUAUCCAUUUAGGUUAAGCCAGGUCCCGCUCAUUGCAGAAAACACCACUAUUUGUAAUAACUCCGUCUCUACUACACACAUGAUGGGAGACUCGGCUUCUGCGGCAGAGUUCUUUGUAGGCAUCGGGAUAAUCUGCUUCCUGUAUAGCAUGAUAGCUCUGUUGGUUUAUUUGGGCUACAUGCACGUCUACAAGGACUCUGACUUUGGACCCAUUUUUGACUUGGUGAUCACAGCAAUCUUGGUUUUCCUCUGGCUGGUGUGUUCGUCCGCCUGGGCGAAGGGCCUGCAGAAUGUGAAGGACGCCACAGAUACUAAUGGCAUCAGUUCCACGCUAGCAUUUUGCAAGGGCGGCAACAUCACCUGUGAGGUUACGGAGUUUGCCAGCAUGCGGACCCUCAACAUCUCUGUGAUGUUCGGCUACCUUAACAUGUUUGUGUGGGCAGGGAACUCCUGGUUUGUGUACAAGGAAACUCGUUGGCAUUCCCAGAAAUUCUCUUCCCAAGCUGGACCUGGAAGACAGCAAAUCCCUGCGCCAAUCUAACAUGCAUACAGGAACAGACAAACCCACAUUUCCAAGCAAAACUGAUGUGCAAAGUCGCACACAUACACACAAAUACAAGCCCAUGAAGCCCAAAUAAGUAGUACUGACGUUUUUAAACACAUAACACAUAUACUGCACCGUGAAAGCAAUAAAUAUAAACAGAUAAAGGUUAGAUAGGUUGAACUUUUGUCACACUAAAUAAGGUGUGUUAUGCCUUAUAUUCACAGAGCUGAAUUGGUAUUUUUCAAAGUUAUUAUACUUGUGUUUUUUAUAACGCUCCUGUAGGUUACAUAUUUGGCAAUGUCCACUGAGCUCACUGAGGAACAUUUGGAUCUUCAACAUUGUGAUAACAAUUUCAGGAUGAUGAGUUAUUCUCAUAAUACCAAACACUUAAUUACCCAUUAGAAAUUUGCAUUCAUGGACAUGUACAUUUAAAAAUUGGCCACAUUUUGUGUGUUUUUGGCAUGAAAGUGCUGUGUGAAGAUUAAACUUAUCUAUUCAUUUAGAAGAUUUGUACCAUUUAACCAUAUUUGUUUUUAAGUUUCAGGCUAAACAGUGCAAAAUGUAAAGCUUAAACUGAAUUAUCAGGAUUUUUUGCACUUGUGGUGCUUUAUAUGAUUCUUUAGUAUAAUGUCCAUGAAGGAUACUUGAGAGUUUGGUACUUAACAAAUCCAGGAAAUAAAUCUGCUGUAUGACUGCAGCCAUGCCUACUACCAAGGUACCAGUUAAAGGAUAAAUCUUCCAACGUGUUAUGAUUUUUAUCAAUAACUUUUUGCAUAUCUGACAAUAAUCUGCCAAAGCACUAUUUUUUUCUCAGUUUAAGUUUCUUUCAUAUCUCACUGUGUAUUUUCUUGAUGUUGGAACCAAUUCCUGUUGUUCUCCAAUGCCUAUUUUUUUAAGCUUUCUGUGUUAUGUGACACCAAAUAGUGAGCCGGUGAUGUGUUUUAUGAACCGUGCCAUACUUUUUGUAUUGUUUUUUUCACUUGUAGUUAAAUGUAGAUGGUUAGUUUGAGCAUUCUUUGAUUUUAUUGUUUUUGUUUCCUUUUUUUUGUUUGUAGGGGUUUAGCCAUACCCAAAAAUGAAGUGAAACGAGAGCAAGUGUAUCUGUGUGUGUGCAUGAGGGAGGGGGGUUUACUGGUUAUGCCUCCGCAUUGUGGUAAUCAUCAUCCAAAAAGAAAUAGCUUUGUUAAUGAUUCCUAUGCAUUUAACACACAGACCCGUCCUAUUGCAGAGACGUGUAUUUUACUGAAUGUCACAUGCACAGUUUCAGUGUAUUUUUCAAUAAAAAUUAGUAAUUUUU